CCUUCUCGCUCUCCUUGAGGUUCGCACCGUCCCCCCUUUCCCAUCUCUCUAGCUGUUGCAGGUAGGUUUCCUCCGCUUCCCCCCCACAAUCGACAGAAGUGGAGUCAGGAAACCUUCCUCUAGUGUGGGUCCCACUCAAGGAAUUCGAAUCCUGAGGAAUAAAAGGAGGAUAAUGAUGCGGCAUCUGCUUCUGGUUUUCUUGCUGCUGCAUGGAGUUGCUGCGGCUGGGAAUCAGCCAGCGGCAAAGCCAGCGGCUGCGAAACCCCCGGCGGCAAAGUGGAAGACUCUGAGCGGUAAUGCUCCAUUAGUCAUAGCACGCGGCGGCUAUUCGGGGAUCUUUCCUGAGUCCAGUCAAUUUGCAUACCAGUUUGCAUUGGCAACAAGCUUGAAAGAAACUGUUCUGUUAUGUGAUCUGCAAUUGUCCAAAGAUGGGGCUGGUAUUUGCCAUUCAAAUUUGAAGCUCGAUAAUUCGACAACUAUAUCAACUGCAUUUCCAAAGAGAGAUACAACCUACUCUGUGAAUGGACAGUCUCUUCAUGGAUGGUUUUCAGUGGAUUUUACUUCAGAUGAGUUACUCGGCAAUGUUACGACAAUUCAGAAUAUCUUCUCUCGGCCAAGUAUAUUUGAUGGCAACCUGCCACUAUCCAUGGUUCAAGACAUCACAGGGUUUCACCCAUCUCAGUUUUGGUUGAAUGUGCAGUAUGACAUGUUCUAUAAGGAACACAAAUUGGAUCCAGCAAAAUUCGUAUUGACAGCAUCAGAAAAAGUGGUCUUUGAUUACAUCUCAUCUCCAGAAAUUGGUUUCUUAAAGAGUCUCAGUGGGAAGUUAGGAAAAGCCAAGACGAAGCUCAUCUUCCGGUUUCUAGAUGCGGAUGCAGUAGAACCCUCAACUAAUCAAACAUACAGCUCAAUCUUAAAAAAUCUUUCAACAAUCAAAUCAUUCGCUUCUGGAAUUCUUGUUCCCAAAAGCUACAUUUGGCCUGUUAAUAAAGAUAAUUAUCUGGAGCCUUCUACUACUCUUGUAACAGAUGCUCACAAUCUGGGCCUAGAAGUGUAUGCAUCUAAUUUUGCAAAUGACCAGCCUGCAAGCUACAACUACAGCUUUGAUCCUACAGCCGAGUACUUGCAGUUUACUGAUAAUCCAAACUUCUCUGUUGAUGGUGUGUUCACAGACUUCCCUUCCACAGCAUCAGCAGCUAUAGCUUGCUUGGCACAUAACAAGGAUAAUGCUGCUGCUAAGAAAAAGAGACCACUAAUUAUAACACGCAAUGGCGCAAGUGGAGUCUUUGCUGGAUGCACCGAUCUUGCUUAUCAGCAAGCAGUAAAAGAUGGAGCCGACAUAAUUGAUUGUUCUGUUCAGAUGUCAAAAGAUGGGGUGGCCUUCUGCUUGGAUUCAGCAGAUCUUAUGGGUGACACAACAGCAAUGGAUUCUUUCAUGUCCCGAUCAGCUUUGUUGCCUGAGAUACAGAAGAGCAAUGGAAUAUUUUCAUUUGAUCUCACAUGGAGCGAGAUCGAAAGUUUGAAGCCGAUGCUAGCAAAUCCCCUUUCUAGCGCUAACUUGGUGAGGAAUCCAGCCGCAAAGAAUCAAGGCAAAUUCAUGACACUGGCCAAAUUCUUGGACUUUGCAAAGAGCAGCACUGUCUCUGGAAUCUUAAUCAACAUUGAGAAUGCUCCAUACCUUGCUUCCAAGAAGGGACUUGACAUAGUUACUGCAGUCUCCAGUGCCUUGAUAAAUGCCAGCUAUGACAAACAAAUCACUCAGAAGGUUCUCAUCCAGUCUGAUGACACUUCAGUCCUCUCCAUGUUCAAGAACAAUUCCAGCUACAAGCGAGUUUUCAAAGUGGAGGAGACUAUAAGUGAUGCUCCAAAGCCAGCAGUGGAUGAGAUUAAGCAGUUUGCGGAUGCAGUUAACAUUGCAAAAACUUCCCUUAUUGCUAGCUCAAACUCAUUCCUUACAAGUUUUACUCCAGUGAUGGAUAAGAUGCAUGCAGCGAACCUCUCUGUCUAUGUCACAGGACUGAGGAAUGAGUUCGUGAGUAUACCAUUCGAUUGCUUCUCAGAUCCAACGGUAGAAAUUGCUACUUAUGCUGCAGGGCUUGCUGUUGAUGGGAUAGUAACGGAAUUUCCUGCAACUGCUAGUGCAUACUUCAGGAGCCCGUGCUCUGAUGUGGAAGCCAAUUUGCCAUUCUCAAUCCUACCAGUGGAGCCUGGUUCCCUGCUCAAGGAGGCUCAACCAGAACUACUUCCUCCAACCCAAGCCCCUGCACCUGCUCUCGAUGCUGCCGAUAUUGUGGAUCCACCGCUGCCUCCUGUUGUCAAAGUCUCCGAGACGGCACCAGGUGCAGCACCAGCAAGUUCUCAAACUCAUCCAAGUGGUCAGCCAGCCAAUGCUGCAGAUGCUGCUCUAUGCCUCUUGAUGAUGAUGCUCGGUUUCAUUUAUUUGAGCUGCCACUGAUUUGGCAGGCCUUCACACCGUUUUCUUCAUAUUGUUGCCUACUUAAUUUAAUUUGCAAUCAUUUUACGAUGUUUUCUUGAACCAGUUGGUUCUGUCUUAAGUUGACAGAUUUGUAUUAGAUUGGACCAUUGAAGUAAUAUUCCAUCGUCGUAAGUUUUAGGUAU